ACUACAGGCGGGGUUUAGUGUCGCUCUAAGCCCUCGCUGCCGCUGGGGCAUCGUUGAGUUCUCGGUUCUCCUAUCCGUUCCUUCACACUCUCUAAACAACCCUGAGAAACAUUUCACCCUUUCAUUCAUCUAUAACAGGACUUUUGUCAAGCACGUCAGCCAUUGGGUUCGUGGGAUUUUAUAACAAAGUUUUAGAGUAAGAAGCUUGGCAAUAGCAUAACUUCAGUGAAAAAGAUGGCUGCAUUUGGAUUGACCGCUAGUUCCUCGAGAUGUCUCCGAGUACCUGGCCCGGGGUCGCUGAAUAGGCGAGCUUCGGCAUUUCCUAGUGCUAGGAAACCUAAAGAACAGAUUGGGUUUCUCCCAGUAGAGAGGACUUACUGGACUGGUUCUAUACGAAGAUGUGGUACGCGGAAAUCUCACUUGAUCAAGUGUGCGAUGGAUGCUUCUUAUGGUGAUAUGUCAAAUGAACCCCCUGCUGUCUUUCCUAGAAUUAAUGUGAGGGACCCAUACAAACGACUUGGAAUAAGCAGGGAGGCUUCUGAAGAUGAAAUUCAAGGUGCAAGGAACUUUCUUGUUCGCCAAUACACGGGGCACAAACCAAGUGUGGAUGCUAUUGAAUCAGCCCAUGACAAAAUAAUUAUGCAGAAGUUCUAUGAUAGGAAGAAUCCCAAAAUUGACGUCAAGAAAAAAGUCCGACAAUUCAAGCAGUCCCGUGUUGUUCAGAUUCUUACAGAUAGGUUCCGAACUCCUUCAACAAAGUUCAUUAUAAAAACAUCUAUUGCAUUCCUAGUGCUUGGAGCUCUCACUGUUCUCUUUCCAACUGAAGAAGGCCCAACCCUUCAGGUGGCAAUCUCACUGAUAGCUACCAUAUAUUUUAUAAAUGAUCGACUAAAGAGCAAAACCCGGGCUUUGCUUUAUGGGGCUGGAGCUUUUGCUAUCUCAUGGCUGCUGGGAACUUUCUUGAUGGUUGCUGUGAUUCCACCUGUACCUGUACUUAAAGGACCGAGGACUUUUGAAGUGAUGAGUUCAUUGUUAAGUUAUGUGAUUCUGUGGAUUUCUUCCACUUAUCUAAAGUAGAUCAAAUUAUAUCUUAUCACAAGGCCCCAAUUCUUUUUGGAGUGGAGAUCACCAGGUUUUCUUGGUUGCUGGUUCAUUCGUUUUCUGAUUUUGCUUCAUAAAACGUUCAUAUCUCUAAUUACGGCAUCGAUACUUCUGGCUAUCAAGUGUCAAUAUUUUGUGAAAUGAUCCUUGCAGUUUAAGAAGAAAAGGUUUCUGGCAGUGAGUGUUUUGUUGUUUGGAGAAAGGAUGUAAACUAGAUAAAGAUUCAGAUCAGCUUUUGCAUUUCAUGGUUCCUUACAUUCUUUUUUCAAUUGGGUAUCUUUCUUGCAGUCAAGUCUUGCUUGAUUACAUUUUGGGGGUGUUUAGCGAAUUCCUAACCUCUUAUGGAAUCCACUAAUAAAACCUAAGAAUCGUGUGUGUGAAUUCA